AUGAAACAGUUCCUUGAGAAGAAGACAACAUAUGUUUCAUACUUGAAUACUUGUCAUUGUUUUCUUUUGAUUAUUCUGCUAUAUGGCAAGUAUUUUGUUGUCGAACAAAGAGAAACAAUACGUAUUAUCUUGUGUUUCAAGAAUCAUAACUAUUCGAAUGGAUCAAUGCACAUAUUGCUAUCUGGUAUCGUUCUUAUUGGUUUUAUAGCUUCAUAA